AUGACGAUCAUCUUACUGUCAUUUCUCCACAGGCUCCCUUCCAUUACCGCCCAGCAAGACUACAUCAACAACACUCAGCUCAACUGCAACUCCGGCGAAGCCUCGCCUUCCAUAGCCAAAGGCUACAGCUGCAAUGGAAUCACGACUGGUCAGUGCCAAUACUUCACAACUUUUCAAUCAAACCCGCCUUACAAUGAUACCCCGAUAUCGAUCGCCCUUCUCCUGGGCUCGGAACCUUCCACCGUGGCUUCCAUAAACAACAUCUCAUCCACCUCGGCCAGAAUCCCACCCGGGACGUGGAUCAUAGUACCUGUCUCUUGUUCCUGUUCAGGCAGCAUCUAUCAACAUAACACUCCUUACGCCGUAAGGGAUCCAAACGAGAGUUACUUCACCAUUGCCAACGACACCUUCCAGGGCCUGACGACUUGUCAGGCACUGGCAGGGCAGAAUUACUACGAGUUCGACCGGCUUGAUGUUGGUUCGGAGCUGAAUGUUCCGUUGAGGUGUGCUUGCCCGAGUGAGCAACAGGCUGCCAGUGGUGUGGUGUCCCUGUUGGGGUACAUGGUGACGUGGGGCGACUCCAUUCGAUCGAUUGCUGACCGGUUUCGCGUGGAUAGUGCCAGGAUCAUGGAGGCUAAUAGAUUGAGCAAUGAUAGUAUGCUCUUCCCAUUUGGGCAGCUUUUGGUCCCUCUUGAUAGCCAGAGUUGUGAAGCGAAUCCUGACAGCUUCUUCUGCAGUUGUAGUGUCAAUCCUGGAAUCUGCAUUCCUGACAAGAAAAAGUUCCCUGUCAAGUUGGUUACACUCCUAGGAAUUGGGAUUGGAAUUGGACUACUGGCCACAUUCCUGAUCCUCUACAAGCUUAUUCAGUUCCUCAAAAAGAGAAGAGACAGAAUCCAAAAACAAAAACUGUUCAAGCAAAAUGGUGGGGUCUUGCUACAGCAGAAGCUCAAUUCAUACCCAGGAAGCCAUGAGAACUCAAAGCUAUUCACCGAAGAGGAGCUGAAAAGAGCUACUGACAACUACAACCAGAGCCGCUUCCUUGGCAAAGGAGGGUUCGGGACAGUCUACAAAGGAAUGCUCCCAGAUGGAACGAUAGUUGCAGUCAAGAGGUCAAGAACCAUUGACAAGACACAGAUUCAACAAUUCAUAAAUGAGGUGGUCAUUCUGUCCCAGAUCAACCACAGGCACAUAGUCAAGCUCCUGGGUUGUUGCCUUGAAACUGAGUUCCCAUUGCUUGUCUACGAGUUCAUCCCAAAUGGUAGUCUCUCAAGUUACAUCCAUGGCCGAAAUCUGGAUGGAGAAGAAGGUUUGGCGUCUCUUUCAUGGGAGGAUCGAUUCAGAAUUGUCGGGGAAGUUGCUGGAGCUGUUGCUUACAUGCACUCUGCAGCUUCAUUUCCCAUCUUCCAUCGCGACAUCAAGUCUUCGAACAUACUGUUGGAUGCCAAGUUGAGUGCUAAAGUCUCAGAUUUUGGCACUUCUAGAUCGGUUCCUGACGACAAGACUCAUCUUACUACCGUGGUACAAGGCACCUUUGGGUACUUGGAUCCAGAGUACUUCCACACGAGCCAGUUCACAGAGAAGAGCGAUGUAUACAGCUUUGGGGUCGUUCUUGUGGAGCUUAUGACGGGACAAAAGCCCAUCUCAUUCACUAGAGGUGAAGAAGAGAGAAGUCUCGUCGCACAUUUUGUUUCAUCAACGAAGGAGAACAAGGAUGGCCUGUCCAAGAUUUUGGACCCUGUGGUCAGUACAGAAGCCAGGAAAGAGGAUGUGGAAGCCAUUGCAGAGCUAGCUGUGAGGUGUUUGAGAUUGAACGGGAAGAAAAGGCCUACAAUGAGAGAGGUGGCUAUGGAGCUUGAUGGGCUGAGGAACUCACAAAGGAGAUCACAACUUGAUCAAGAAGAGUCCUUUGUGGAUAGAACAUACAGUAAUCAGCUUGAUGCUGAAAGAGAAGAGUCCAUUGAGGACAGCUUUGCUAUCUCUGUAGAGCUUGAAUCCGUCUGAAACUUAUUAGUUCUUGUUUUGUUUGGAUAGUUUUUUUGUUCUUCCUUUUUUAGGCUUUUGAU